AUGAAGCUUAACCACAUGUGCUUCAUUUUACCAGCAGAAUCUGUUGAGAUGGAGAUGGUGGAUCACAAGCAAGAGGUCCAAGACCAUAGGCAAGCUAAGAAAGAUUCAUCUGAACGCCAUUGUGGGGCUCGGAUUCUUGGUUUCCUUAGUGAAUUACUUCAGGGGUUCUUUGACUCAAAAUGGGUGAGUUUUUGUCACCAAGAAGAACUGAAAAAACAACCCUCAGGCUUGUUCCAGGACAUGGAAGGAGUCCAAUUCUCAGAAAAGAUUGGUGGCGACAAUCCGAGGAUAUUCAGCUAUGCUGAGCUCUACAUAGGAUCAAAGGGAUUUUGUGAGGAUGAAGUUCUUGGCAGUGGAGGGUUUGGGAAAGUGUACAGAGCAGUUUUACCUAGUGAUGGAACAGUGGUUGCCGUGAAAUGCUUGGCAGAGAGAGGAGAGCGGUUUGAGAAGACAUUUGCGGCUGAGUUGGUGGCAGUGGCUCAUCUCCGCCACCGGAACCUUGUCCGCCUCCGUGGAUGGUGGCUCGAACACGAACUUGAGUACCAAAUUAGGACACCAUCAAUGAGGAAUCACCAGUUUCGGUUAGCAGACACGACCAGAAUUGGUGGAACAAUUGGGUAUCUACCACCGGAAAGCUUCCAAAAGCGAAGCAUUGCCACUUCAAAAUCUGAUGUUUUCAGCUUUGGGAUUGUGGUUCUAGAGGUUGUGUCAGGACGAAGAGCGGUGGACCUCACAUACUCAGAUGACCAGAUCAUUUUGCUUGAUUGGAUCAGAAGGCUUUCUGAUGAUGGGAGGCUUUUACAAGCAGGGGAUACUAGGCUUCCAGAUGGGUCUUACAAGCUUUCUGAUAUGGAACGGUUUGUUCAUCUCGGUCUUCUCUGCACGCUUCAGGACCCACAAUCCCGGCCUAACAUGAAAUGGGUUGUAGAAGCACUUUCUGGAAAUAUUCAUGGCAAAUUUCCGGAUCUCCCAUCAUUUAAAUCCCACCCGCAAUACAUUUCUUUGUCUUCCCCAACCAAUAGUAGCACUAGCAACACAACCAACACGAGGUCCACCACCAUCAUCACCGCCAGCACCACCACCACAGCAGCUGCGUCCAAUUCAUCAGUCUUUUUCACUGCCACGGGAGAAACCAUAUAUGCAAGUGCUGAAAGCGAAAAUAGUGAUGUCAGCUCUUCAAACAACAACCACCGCUAUUCAGACAACAGCUACCGUCGAUCAAACAUUUUCCCUAUGGUUGACACUCCGCAUGAAAUAGCCUUUAAGGAAAUCAUUUCUGCCACAAACAAUUUCUCAGAUUCUCGGAGAGUAGCAGAGCUAGACUUUGCAACUGCCUACCAUGGCUUCCUUGAAAACCGCCACCACGUCCUGGUUAAGAGGCUAGGUAUGAAGACCUGCCCUGCAUUGCGGAUGCGUUUCUCCAAUGAACUUCAGAACUUAGGCAGGCUCCGCCACCGAAAUCUGGUACAGCUCCGUGGAUGGUGCACUGAGCAAGGUGAGAUGCUAGUCAUCUAUGAUUACUUGGCAAAUCGUCUCCUAAGUCAUCUCCUCUUCCAUCAUGAUCAGAAGAACUGGCAAUCCAUGCUUAGCUGGCGCCAUCGAUACAACAUAAUCAAAUCGCUUGCUUCUGCUGUUCAAUAUCUCCAUGAGGAAUGGGAUGAGCAAGUUAUUCACAGAAAUAUUACCUCAUCUGCCAUUAUUGUCGAUCCAGACAUGAACCCAAGGCUCACUUCCUUUGCCCUUGCAGAAUUCUUGACACGAAACGAACAUGGCCAUCACGUAGUUAUUGACAAAAGUAAAUCAGUUCGUGGAAUUUUUGGUUACAUGUCACCAGAGUAUAUGCAAUCUGGUGAAGCAACGACAAUGGCAGACGUAUAUAGCUUUGGUGUAGUGGUGCUAGAGGUGGUCAGUGGACAGAUGGCUGUUGAUUUUCGGCGGCCUGAGGUGCUUUUGGUGAAGAGAGUCCAUGAAUUCGAAGCACGAAAAAGGCCUUACAAGGAAUUGGUAGAUUGGAGGUUGGAUGGAGAGUAUGAUCACAAUGAAAUGGUGAGGCUAAUGAAAGUAGGAAUGGCAUGCAUACGCACCAACUCAGAAUUACGACCAAGCAUGAGGCAGAUUGUCAGCAUACUCGACGGUUAUGACAGAUGCUUCAUGGAAGAAGGACAAAAGAAGGAGAGGAGAGAAGAUUGGAAACAAAGAAAUGCUUCUUCUUUGUCAGUGAUAAAGAGAAUUCAAGCUCUAGGAAUACAAUGA